AUGAGCAGCAACCCGGACAUCGUGUACACGGACAGGUCCGGUCGCCGGAACCCUGAGUACAUCUCUCUCGGCUGCGACUCACUGCCGGUGCUCAAGGGCCGGACCCCCAUCCAGGUCUACACCGACUACAUGCGCAGCUUCCGCGAGAGGUUCCGUGACUACCUCGGCAAUGUCAUCGCGGAGAUCCAAGUGGGCAUGGGUCCUUGUGGAGAGCUGAGGUAUCCUUCAUACCCUGAGGCCAACGGAACAUGGCGUUUCCCGGGCAUUGGCGAGUUCCAAUGCUAUGACAAGUACAUGCAGGCAUCGCUGGAAGCCGCAGCCGUGGCGGCGGGCCACGAGGAGUGGGGGAGGGGCGGACCGCACGACGCCGGGGAGUACAAGCAGAUGCCCAACGACACAGGCUUCUUCCGGCGCGACGGCACGUGGAGCACUGAGUACGGGCAUUUCUUCCUGGAGUGGUACUCGGGCAUGCUCCUGGAGCACGGUGACCGCGUCCUGGCCGCGGCCGAGGCCAUGUUCGGCGGCACGGGCGCAACGCUCUCCGCCAAGGUCGCUGGCAUCCACUGGCACUACCGGACCCGGUCCCACGCCGCGGAGCUCACGGCCGGGUACUAUAACACGCGGUUCCACGACGGGUACGCGCCGAUCGCGCGCAUGCUGGCCAAGCGCGGCGCCGUCAAGGCCGCGGCCAGCAAAGCCGGGGUGGAGCUCGCCGGCGAGAACGCGCUGGAGCGGUACGACGAGGCGGCGUUCUCGCAGGUGACGUCGACGGCGCGCGGUGCGGGCCUGGCCGCGUUCACGUACCUGCGCAUGAACAAGACGCUCUUCGACGGCGACAACUGGCGGCAGUUCGUGUCCUUCGUCAGGGCCAUGGCCGACGGCGGCGCAAGGCCGGCGCUGCCGCGGUGUGACACGGGGCACUCGGACCUGUACGUCGGGUUCGUCGACGCCGCCAAGGGGAGGAAGGCGCCGGAGGCCGAGGGCGCCGCCACCGCCGCGGCACUGUAG